AACACUUCUUGUCACCCAGUUGUCAUUGAAAAUGUUAGCAGUGAGGUCAUUUUCCCUUUUAAAUUCGUUUUUCACGGAUUUAUCUCUCAGUUCCGGUUAAUCAAAGUUCCUACAAAAAAUGUCACCGGUUAAAGUAAUACUCCUCGCAUGCGGGUCAUUCAACCCUCCUACGAAUAUGCAUCUCCGAAUGUUUGAAGUCGCAAGAGAUCAUUUACAUCGAUUAGGGAAUCACGUUGUAGUCGGAGGCUUAAUUUCACCAGUUCAUGAUGGUUACGGCAAAAAAGAUUUGGAAGCAGCGACCCAUCGGAUAGCUAUGAUUAAGUUGGCUUUACAAACCUCUGACUGGAUUAAAUUGUCAGAUUGGGAGUGCAAACAAGAGACUUGGAGUCGGACAAAACAAGUCUUGCAAUAUCACCAGAAUCACGUCAAUGCCCUUCUGAACACCUCAAUAAAUAAUCAUUUUGAUAAAAUAAAUGAAGACAAUUCACAUUGGGUGCCUGAUAAUGUGAGAAACUCUGGGGACAAUGUACAAAUUAAACUGCUUUGUGGGGCCGACUUGUUGGAGUCUUUUGGCACCCCCGGAUUGUGGUCAGAUGACGAUAUUGAGGCAAUUGUGGGACAACAUGGCCUGGUUGUGAUAACACGCUCAAAAACUAACCCCAAUGAAUUCAUUUACAAUUCAGAUGUACUUACAAAAUAUAUGUCAAACAUAACUAUCGUGACUGAGUGGAUCCAAAAUGAAGUUAGUUCAACUAAAAUAAGACGGGCAUUGCGACGAGGAGAGUCAAUUAAAUAUUUAAUACCAGAAAAAGUAGUUGAUUAUAUCCACAAACACAAUUUAUACGGCAGUAAAACUACUAAGUAUUUAACUCCCGAAUUAAAUUCAAAUUUCUUGACUCAAUCGCCCUCUGACGUACAUAUGGAGUCCCCUAGUCCCACCAAUUGCAUGAUUAUUUGUAACAACACUUUAUUCUCCCGCAAUUAUGACAAACGCUUAUCGAUUGAUACAGUCGAUAGCGUGACAAAAACCAACGUUUUGAACACAAUCCGACACCCCGGCCAAGCCGUAAAAAUAAUAACUGAAAGCUCCGGUGAUCACAAAAUAAUUAAAGAAGGUUCCGAUUCGAAAGAGGUACGUAAAGAAGACAAGAAAACCCUAAAAAACUCCAAAAGUUGUGCCAACAUUGACGAAUUACACAAAACCAACAUAAAAACCAGCAAAUCGAAUGCGAAUCUCAAAGAAUGCAAGAGCUGUGAUGAAAAUUUAAUCAAAUUCAUUUUUACUAAACAUGGAAUUCAAGUUAUUAGCGAUGUUGAGACUAUUGUUUAAUUGCAUGUUAGUCUAGACAUCUAUCUCUUGGCUGUGUUUUUCAUUUAACGAAAAAAAAAAAAAUACAAAGCAUUGUCAAUGUCGCUCUUCCAUUUUUCUUAUA